GUGAUCAGUGUGUGGUUCAGAGUCAUGUGAAUGUUGAGGCGGCUCCGGCUCGGCUCGGCUCAGUCAGGGCUGAUGUUCAGUCAUCAUGCGCUGUUGCUGUACGCCUCUGUUUGGAGGAUCACAUGAACUUUUGAUUAUUAAUGAUGUUUUACGAUCACGUAUGGAGAAAUGUCCCAGGAAUUAAGGAUCGUUUUUUGUCAACUUUCGCUUUUUCUGAUCCGCGCUUUCAACAACACUUAACAGCGACUUCACUCAACUUCUCAUGCUAACCGAAGCUAACUCAAAUCAAUGCCAGAUUCAUCAGAAUCAUUAUGUUCAUGAUGGGAUUUUUACUUUAUUCUACUUCAGUUUUACAUUUUAUUUUAUUUUAACGACACUCUUGGAUAUAUGAAGUUUUCAUUUCCGGAAAUCAGGGAUUUUAAUAUGAAUUCCUCAGUGGAUUUAUCGCUGAAGAAAGCGCUGAAAACUCCUCCAACACGACGAACUGCUGAGGACCUGAACACCAUCUACGCUCACCUGUACCACAUGGACGUGCUGUCCCACCUCAGAGAACACCAGCUCAGGUCCAUGUGCAUGACGGCCAGAUAUGAGCGUUAUGAUGCAAACCACGUUCUCUUCUACGCUGACAGCAUAUCCGUGUGUUGGUUUGUCCUGCUCUCGGGAUCAGUGCUGGUGAAGGAGCACAUGUACCUGGCCCGAUGCUGUUUUGGGACUCAGCGUGGAGGAAGAAGAGGCUGUGAAUGCAUCACUUUAGAGCCGUCUGAGAUGAUUGUGGUGGAGAACGCCAGCGAGAGCGACGACGACGCUCUGCAGAGACACGGACCUCAGAGACACUCGCGACGCCGCUUCCAUAAGGUGAACGCCGGAGGAGAACGACAACUCAUCGUAGACGCCCAGGACGCCUCGGACGCGCUUCCUGUUGACCUCAGCAAGAUGCACCUGACGGACCACCCCCCCCAGCAGAUGCAUAUGCCUCCCAGCCAAUCAGGAUGCAGCAUCGCCAGUGACUCGGGGAGCAGCAGCCUAUCAGACAUCUACCAGGCUACGGAGAGUGAGAUGGGAGACGUGGAUCUGUCGGGUCUCCCCGAAGCCCCAGUGGACUCUGAGGAAGAGGAGGAGGAUGAAGACAUCGAGCGCUCCUCGGAGGCUCUCCUGGGCCGAGAUCUGGUGCGCGAGUGUCUGGAGAAGGAGCCGGUGGAUCGAACCGACGACGACAUCGAGCAGCUCCUGGAGUUCAUGCAUCAGCUUCCAGCUUUCGCGAACAUGACCAUGUCAGUGCGGAGAGAGUUGUGUCGAGUCAUGAUGUUCGAGGUGGUGGAACUGGAGGGGACCGUCAUUCUUCAGGACAAACAGGAGCUGAACACGUGGUACGUGAUCCUGAACGGGUGUGUGGAGAUCAGUUAUGGAGAGGGAAGAGCAGAGAUGCUGUGUAUGGGCAACAGCUUCGGCAUCUCUCCGUCUCUCGACACACAGUUCAUGAGCGGCCUCGUGUGCACCAAAGCCGACGACAGCCAGUUUGUGUGCGUCGCUCAAGAGGACUACUGUCGCAUCCUCAACCAUGUGGAGAAGAACACACACAAGGUGGAGGAGGAGGGCGAGAUCGUGAUGGUGAAGGAGCACCGCGAGCUCGACCGCAGCGGCACCAGGAAGGGCCACAUCGUCAUCAAGGUGAGGAUUCAUCAUUAUCUUCAUGCGUUCUGGCGGUUCAGUUAUUCAGUGUUGCGUUUCCCCGAAAGCAUCGUUCGCCAACUAUAGACACAAGCUCCUAUCAUCAGUUCAACGAG